CGUUCCAAUUUCUGAGCCAAGAUCAACUGGGGAUUCAGCAAUAACCGAAAAAUAAUAAUACGAAAACUACAUUUGGGGAGGGAGAGCGUCCGGAGGCAAGGGCAUCUGCAUGUAUUUUGCAGUGUUUGCAUAUCUUCUGAGAAGACCAGAGAACACAAUUGACACUACCGCCGCAACCAACUCCUUUUCUUGCUAAUGUUUGAUAUAUAUUUUUCGGUGGGGUGUCUUUUAAAAAAAAAAUCCUCAGUUCUAUUAUGAACCUUAGUUGUUGAUUUUUAUUAAAACUACCUCACAGACUUCGCCUAAAGCUGGUGCUUUAAAAAAAAAAACUUGUAGGUUUUUUUUAUAUGUGUGUGCUUGUGGCGUGAUUUACAAAACAGUUGAUGACAUUAAAAGGCAAGUGAAGGCCUUUGCACUGAAGCCAAGUGAAGAACCUUAUGAUUGCACUAUACAGAACUCAAGUCAGAUAAGACUUCAGAGGGGAAAAAUACUCUAGCAUCAGACAGCUCCUGCUUUUUUGGAAGACUUGUCCAUCAAUUUCUCCCCAAAUUUACACCACAGAAGCAUCUUCUGGCUACACACACUGAAACAAGCAUCUACAGCUGUGCUUCCAUUUUUCUUUCAAAGUCCAUAUUAGAAAUCCUUUUCCCACCAUGUUCCAGCGUUUCACCAGCCUCUUCUUCAGUGAUAGCAGCACAGUUGAAGUUGUUGAGGAACCUAAGCCUUUUGUUUCUAAAGAGGAAGAAGAAGAUGGAUGGCUUAUUAUUGAUCUGCCAGAUAGUUUGGCUUCAAGUCUUGGCACUGAGCAGUGGGUAGGUGAGAAGGAUUCUGUUUGCGCUUCCCGUUGCCGCCAUGGGUCCCUUCCACCUACUACGUCUUCACCCCACUCCCUCAGUGACUGUGUCAGCAGGUCCAUGCCCUCUCAGCCUGACCCCUGCUUGAUGGAUGAGAGUUGGUUUGUUACCCCUCCCCCCUGUUUUACUGCAGAAGGUCCUGAUCCUGUCAGUAUGGAGAGCAGCCCCAUGGAGGACCUCUUGAUUGAACAUCCCAGCAUGUCUGUAUAUGUCACCACCACCACCAGCAUCAUUGUGGAAAGAGAGGAUCCUGAGGAGAACAUCCAGGAGAAUGAAAUACCUGAAAACUGUUUACAGCGCCGUCCCCCACACCACUCCACUUCUCUUGCUACCAAGGCUGCCAUCUUGGAGAAGGUCAAUCAAGUGCGUCGGAUUCAGAGGGCAAAGCAGUUGGCAGAGAAGCACAAGUUGAGUCAGAAAGUCAUGAAGAGGCAGAACCGUGCCAGAGAGUGCCGCCCACAACGGGCCAAACCCCAAGGCCACUUUGUCUACCAACCAUGCCAGCGCCAGUACAAUUACUAAGCUACUUCAGGAAGUCUACACUGUGGGGCAUUAUCCUUUUCACUUUUAGCUUCGCUAGCUCUUCACAAUGCUUUUUCCAUCCAAGAGGGUUGUUUUCACUCAUUUUCUGAAAUUAAUCGUCCUUCCCUGUGAGAACUUCCUACAUUCUCAUGAACUUGCAACAUUAAAUGGUAGAUCUUUUGUGGGCUUUUCUUGAGCUUUAUUCCCCACCCUAUUUUUAGCAAAAAGUACGUUUUUAUGAUCAAUGACUUCUUUUUUUGCAUUUAAUGUCCCAUCUCCUACUCUACAUCCUAUUUCCAGAUUUUGAUUUGGAUCUCAUAGUGAAUGAAACACAACAUGCCUUGCUAGCAUUAAGAAACAAGACAGCAAGUCAACUUUGAAUCUCCAAUAUAUGGGAUUUUUUUAAGUGUUGGAAAAACAUAUAUGUAUCUUGGUUGUUAAGAGAGACCAUGUUUCUUGUGUGAGUGUGUUUCUUGGUCCUUAGGUAGCAUGAAUUCACACACUGGCUAUUGUAGCAGUUGCCAGUGUUAGACUAAUUUGGUGCUUCCAGUGAAUAUAUCACCUUUAUUUUAAUUUAAAUAAGUUACAGGAGGAACAUGGUGCCCUGUCAUUUCUUUUCAUCCCUUGUUAUUGCACUAGAGAGCCUGUGACAUCAGUGCCUUUCUUUUUGACAUCAUGCUCAUGACAAAAAAAAAAAAACCUAACAGAUUGUGAUGUCAAAUGGAGAUAUCAGGUUUCUGUGCAAAAUGGAACACAAAAAAACAAGAAAGAAGCCUAACGGAUCCCAAGUUAAAGAUUAAUGACAUGUAUUUUAACAUACUUCUUUCCGUGAAAAAUAAAUAAUUUGUAUAUUUGUUUCUUUUGCUGAGUUGAUGUAAUGGUUGCUCAUGAAUUAUCAAGGAAUAUCCUUAAUUGCCUUGAGGCUGCAAGACAAUACAAUGAAUAUUUCUGGGAAUUUUGCCAUUGAUUUCAAAUGGAAUAUAGAUAGAUCCUGAAUUCUCUGUUCAGGAUGUCCCGUGAUGCAAAACUGCGACUUUGAGAGCCCAUUUUGAGUAGAUGCAAUUAACAUUAAGAGUUUACAAAUACUACAGAGGAUAUGUAAUUAUGAAAAGGGCAAAGUGGUAUGACAAUGUUUUCUCCAUCUAAUUAGUUGCAUGGUUAUGAAGGAGUUUCUUACAAUACUAUUAAUGACUCUAUAAUUUAAUGAUCAAGUGUUUAGAGAAAGAUGGGACAACCUUUGAGGACUCAGAGACACAUUUGGAAGCUUUGGGGCACUUUUAGAAAAUGGUGCAUCUGGGAAUGAGACCCAUGAUAAAUACCCGAAUACCCAUUUAUCGGAAAGCCAACUGGAGAGAUUGCUCCCCACUACCCAGCCUACCUUUCUAGGCAGGUGGGCCUUUUUCAGUAUUGUUGUAGCUACCCACCAAUCCUUAUUUCCUAAGGACUUUUAUAGGAUGCCCAUAAGGCCUAAGGACAUUCUUAUUAGAGGCUGAUAUUGCAGCACCCCAGCUUCUGAUUAUUAUUUUAAAAUUAAAAAUAUCUAAAUUAAAAUCAAAUUGAGUGAAGAGCUUGGUGUGUGCAUAAAUAGAUUUUAAAAGAAAAUGCAAACAAAAGUUUACAAGCGUGCAGCUUUUUAAAAUAUGUUUCCAUGAGGCUGAUCAUGGACAUUUCUUGUAAGAGAAAUACACAUAGCCUUCAUAUGGAGCAUUUCCAAAGUGUUCUUCCUUUAAUCUGGUGCCAUUUAGUUGUGUUAAAAUCAUAUGUUCAAAAUGUCCCUAGCUAAGUCCAUACUGGGUGAUGGAAGCUAAGGUCCAACAUAUUUGAAAGAGACCAUACAUAGGAAAGCCUAUACUAAACAGAAAAUGCCAGUGAAUUAAUGAAUAUGUAGAUUUACACUACCUAUCAAAGGAGAAAGGAUUUUGAACUGUUAAAUAAGUGAGUGGCAAAGAAAAAUGUAUGGGCUCUUCAGUACAGAAGUACUCUUUAAAGUAGGAAUAAAAAAGCUACUUGGGUUUAGAAUUUUCGACGCUUGUCACUGGAGUUCUCACAAAAGGAUUCCCAUAGUAUUGUGGCUGAUCACAAAACAUCCAUUUACCAGAUGCCAGUUUGGCGAAGUUGCUUUGUUACUCUCUCUAACAAUGCAGGAUCCUUCCCACUUAUCACUACUUUUUUUUUUUAGUUGAGAAGGUCAGUGAGGCUUUUGCUGCGACUAUACCCAGUUUUCUAUGAAUGGCACUCAGAGGAUAUCUGUUGAAAGAAGUUGAUGCUAGUGACUGGAUCUUUACUUUGUGCUGUUAGCUUCCUAUGUUUAGUUAUUUAAAUUCAAGGGGUCUUUUGCAAAACAGAGACAAGAAUCUGAAGAUGGGAAAGAGAAUGUUUCCAGGCAUACUAGGAUCCACAGGCACCCAUUUGUCCACCUUGCUUUAAAAAAUAACGUGCAUCUAAAUUUUGAAAGUGGAUUCCCCUUUGAAGUCCAUUUCCACACUGAAUGGUAUUAUUUCCUGUCUAUAGCAUUUAAAUCAACAUUCUUUCUGAGUGAACUAGAUUUCUUUGAGGUUGUAUUGGAAAAGGGUUGCUUGAUUAAAAACGAUCACUUUUUAAAAGCCACAACAGAGGUAGAAUAAUUUUUUCAAUUUCUUCUUGUUCUUUGUAUUUUUCUUCCUUCUAAUUAGGAAAAUGAGAAUAUUCACAUCCUGUUUUUCAGCUACAUUUAUUCUUAAAAAUACUUUUCCAAUAUGAUGGAGAUACCAUAUUUAAAUUUAUUUCCUGUGUUGAUUUUAGAAACUUUUACCUCAGGACAAUUUAAGACUUGAUUUUUUAAAAAUAAAAUCUUAGAAACCCACUUUUGACUUUAAUAAAAAGGGGACAUUUAUUUGCGCUGCAGAAGUAAUCCAUGGUUUUACCACAUUUAUUGACCAGAUCUGGAAAAAAAAAACCCACCCAAAUGGAUACAUGAAGAGAUAAUAUUGCCCCCAUAAAGUACAAGAAUUUCACGUCAAUAUAACUGAACAAGUAGAAAUGUGAUAAAUAUAGGACUAUUUCUAUUUUCUCAUCUGAUAUCUCUAUAUUUAAAUCUAGGGAGUAAUUUAAAUGUAUUUAAAAACACAGGUAUCAUGAGUUUUAUACAUUUUUAUUUUGAAUGAGAAAUCCUCAUAAUUAUCUUUUGAAGAGUCUUAACUACAAAGUAAUUUGUCAUAUUCCAUUGGAAAAUGGAGUUAUGAUCCAAAAACAAAAUCCUUGUGGUAAAGAAAUUGCUGUGUAGUUCUGUGAAUCCUGGUCUACAUAUCUAACACUUACAAUGGAUGACUGAACAAAAUGUUUUCUAUCUAAAGUAGAAACUAAUAGUGCCCAUUCAGUUAUGUUCUUGGUGAACACUAUCCUGACAGAAAUAAAGUUGGUAGCCCUAAGUACUUAUCUCCAAAAUUAAAACAAUUCAUUUAAAUAUGUUAGAAAAGUGUAAAAUGAUGAAAAAUUGUUUGCAAAAUGAAUAGAGAUCCAAGUGAUAUUAAAAUAUUUGCUUCUUUUCCCAGUUCUGUCAUUCUCACCUAUCUGCUCUUUCCCCAUCCAUAAUCAGAUACUUGAACAUAGUUUCUAAAUGGCUCAUUCUGAUGAUAAAAGAAUUAGCUGGUGUUAAUCACUUAAUUCUUACUGUCAUGAAGUUGAUGGCAAAUCCAUCCCCUUCCUCCAAUGGAUUGGCCUUUCUGCUUUGAACAGUUGUUGGUGCUCACCAGUUACUGCUAUGGAGACCUGGCAAGGAAUCUUAAUAGCAGCAGGCCAGAAGCUCAACACUUCAUCAGUGGGAGUCCUUAUCUUUUUCUUGACACCAACUUCUGAGCUCUAGAAUAGCAGCCAAGAAUACCAAUCCCAUCAGCAUCUCGAUCGUUUCAGAAUAUAAUAAUACAAUAUUUAUUUUUAUCAAUAUGUGCUAAUGAUCAUGCUUUCUGACUCAUAAGGUACAGGUAAAGUAAAUGGCAAAUAUACUUAACUUGAUAUUGAUUUCUAAGCAUUUAUUUAAUUUGGAGUUGAAAUAGACUAUAUUUCAAAUAGUUAAAAUAGACUGUAUUCCCAAAUUGCAUCUUCUGCUUCUCUUUAAGAGUUAUUGAGAAAGCAGGUGGCAAAUAUAAUGAGGCUGAGUCAGAUGCCAGUUCCCUUCACUUGCAAAUAAGCCAAGUUAUUCUAAUUUCUUUUAAUUUUGUGCUUGCAACUUUUAUUCUCUUUGAUUAAAUGACUUUAACAUAACAUAACAUAACAUCAGAGUUGGAAGGGACCUUGGAGGCCUUCUAGUCCAACCCCCUGCCCAGGCAGGAAACCUUACACCAUCUCAGUCAGAUGGUUAUCCAACAUUUUCUUAAAAAUUUCCAGUGUUGGAGCAUUCACAACUUCUGAAGGCAAGUCGUUCCACUUGUUAAUUGUUCUAACUGUCAGGAAAUUUCUCCUUAGUUCUAAGUUGCUUCUUUCUUUGAUCAGUUUCCACCCAUUGCUUCUUGUUCUACCCUCAGGUGCUUUGGAGAACAGCCCGACUCCCUCUUCUUUGUGGCAGCCCCUGAGAUAUUGGAACACAGCUAUCAUGUCUCCCCUAGUCCUUCUUUUUGUUAAACUAGACAUACCCAGUUCCUGCAACCGUUCUUCAUAUGUUUUAGCCUCCAGUCCCCUAAUCAUCUUUGUUGCUCUUCUCUGCACUCUUUCUAGAGUCUCAACAUCUUUUUUACAUCGUGGCGACCAAAACUGGAUGCAAUAUUCCAAGUGUGGCCUUACCAAGGCAUUAUAAAGUGGUACUAACACUUCACGUGAUCUUGAUUCUAUCCCCCUGUUUAUGCAGCCCAGAACUGUGUUGGCUUUUUUAACAGCUGCUGCACACUGCUGGCUCAUAUCUAAAUGGUUAUCCACUAGGACUCC